AUGGCAGAAAUCACCAUCAACGAUGCGGACCUGCAGGUUCUUAAGGGCAAAAUUGUUCUCAUGACCGGCGGCUCCUCAGGCAUCGGUCUCGCAACAGCCAACCUGCUCCUUUCCCUCGGUGCUACAGUGGUCAAUGGAGACCUAAACCCGCCCCCAGACCUCCCAUCCCAAAACUACACCUACAUCCCCACAAACGUGACCUCCUGGGACUCCCUGCUCUCCCUCUUCACCAAAACCCUUUCUCAGCACAAGACCAUCGACCACGUCUUCGCCAACGCCGGCAUCCGCCCUUCAACCGAUUAUGUCAACCUCCUCACCUCAUCCGCCGGCGAGCCACUCGAGCCCAACCAUCUAACCCUAGACGUAAACCUCAAAGGCUGCAUCAACACUUCCUCCCUGGCCCUCCACUACUUCCAAAAGCAAACCCCACCACAGAACGGGGGCAAUUACAGUCUAGUCCUCACCUGCUCACCCUCCUCCUACGCCCGAUUCCGCGCCGCCGACUACGGAAUCAGUAAACACGGCGUCCUCGGCUUACUCCGCGGUUUAGUCCCCGUCACUUUCCCCGCCCUGCCCAUCCGCGUUAACGCGCUUUGUCCUGGCUGGACACCCACUGCAUUGACUUUGCAAUCGCACUAUGCGGGUGUGCAAGUCAAUCUGUCGUCUCCAGAAAACAACGCCAAAGCUGCUGUGUUAUUGAUGGCUGAUGAGAAAAGGCAUGGUCAUAUGGUGUUGAGUGUGGGCAACGAGUACAAGGAAGUGGAGGAGGCGGUCUUGUUGGCUGCCAUGACGCCCGAGGUUAGAGGCCAGACGUUGAGCGAAGAUGAGAUUUGUGCGCAGGUGAUUGCGAAUUCGAUGAGAGAGGCAGCAGAAGCGGAGACACAGGCACAGGUACAGGCACAGGCAUAG